GAUUGAUCCGUACUGUCAAAAAUGACGACCAAGCUGAUACAGUUUAAGCGUUUCAUUUAAGUUAUUGUCUCCAUUUUUCUGAUUUCUCCUUAUAUUUAGCUUCAGUCUCGCAAUCUUUAGUCGAAGCUUUUAUUGUGCUUAUCAAAAGAAGGAGUGAUAGUCGAGCGUGUGCGUCAGUAAAACACAGGAAUGACUCGAUACGGUCUUGGAGUUUUCAUCCUAAGGGUAGUCGUGCCAAUAAUGAUUUCACUCAGUCUUGUGAUGCGACCUUCGAUCAUGUGCCUGAUCUACCUUGGCAUGCUUCUGUAUCUACCGUUUAUAAACCUCAUAGACGAACGGAACUUAGAUACGGGAGCAUUCAAAUAUAUCAUGACUUUUGUGCCGUAUCAAACUAUGGCCACUCAGUUGGGGUUCUACCUAUACACUCAAAGUACCAACGAAAUAUUGGAAGACGAAAACGCCAGUCUACGCCGUCUGCUCAAGAACGUAGGCUUGGCCCCUUUGAACAACUUGGACGCGCUCUACAGCGUAUGUUGGUUUGGCCCAGAAGUUGUUAUGAUCAUGGUCUCAUUGCUGUAUACUUGGGCAGUGAGGAUGAUGGCCAGCAAAGCAGCAUCGGAAGACGUAACUGGGGAUGCUGACCAAGUGUGGAUGGAGAAAUUCAAAUAUCUCAAGAUUUCCGCCUCAGCGGGAAAAUUCAUCACCAUAAUAUUCCUUCUGUGGUCUGCUAUGUGGCAUCACUGUAUCUUUGGAGUGUGCUACUUUUUGAUAUUCCUGUUCUUCAUGACCGUUUGGGCGUUCAACAAGAGUCUGAUUACCACUCUAUCCACUCUGUUAUUCUUUUGCAUGCCCAUAUCUAUGACGCACACUAUUGGUCAGUACGUACUUCAGAUAGAGCAAGUGCAGUACCAGUUGUCAGAUAGAAGUACGCAGUUAAGAAUACUUGGGAUAGAUCAGUUGGCAAAUCCAAAACCAGAUUACGGACCAGACUAUACUCACUAUGAAUACGGACAUAAGGACCUGGUCAGGUUACUGUAUCCUGUCAUAGUUUACGUGCUCUAUUAUUUCAUGGUGAACGAAGCAAUGAUGCUCAAUAGUCUCAACAAAUUUCUUACAGAACAGAGAAAAAGAGGCUUUCGAACACAAUGGUCGAAAAGGAUGCUAGUAAUGGCAGCAAAUGACUCGGAAACUGAUAAGCCGGAUACUGGAAACCUCCAGUCGUUGAUUGGCGAAAGUACCAAACACAAAAUAUGGAGGCAUUCAUUAAACAUAAGUAGAAACAUUAUAGCCCUUAUUGUGAAGUAUUCGUAUGUUGGAACAAUUUGUGCAUAUGUGAUGUGGUCAGUGACCUUCUUGACCUGGUCAUCUUUCGUGCUUCUGACCUUGGGUAUAGCACUUUGGAUGGUCCCAGAUCAAAGAAAGGCGACAGUAUACAGUUGCUUCGGAGUUAUAGUAUUUUCUUACAUAGACAUGACAUAUCUUUACAUAGUGGGAAUUGGUGAUGGAUAUCUCCUCUCGGUUUGGGAUGACGAAAGAACCAGCAUCUUCCAUUAUGGCAAAAUAACUCGCUUUAUGACCUUGGAAGUGUGCAUCAAAGUAAUGUUCACGGUUAUGUUUUGGAUCACGAUACGGAAAUAUACGCAAGACAAAGAAUACGUUCAACAAAAAAAGCAGCUUGCCGAAAAAGCUGGAAUGUCUGAAACAGAUAGUUUAACAGAAAAGCGCGAGACUGUACUGGAGAAAAUCUGCUUAUACUUCUUGGUGAGGUAUUGGAUAGUGGCUAUAGCUUUGUUCAUAAUAAGUUGGUGCGUUUUUAUGAAUGUCGUGAGAAUUUUCAGAAUAGUGAACAUGUUCGAAUAUCUCCUUUUCAUGUCGAUCUUGCAGCUCUCGUUCAGACUAUGGCGAAGACUCCUGUUGAAAUUCUGGUCUCUGUUGAUUGCUGUAACGCUAAUGAAUAUGAUGUUUAUCUAUUUCUGUCAAAUCAGGGGCAUCGAACAUUGGAUGGAGGAGAGGUUUGGCAUUGGGAAAAAAUUCCAUGCUGAGUAUGGAGCGUUAAUUACUUCUAGUCGAAGUUACAUUAACAGAUUAUUUUUCCCCGCUAUUUUCGUAACGAUGACCUUGAUCCAAAUAAGGUUCUUUCAUGCCACAUUCAUGAGAAUAACAGAUAGCGAUAACAAGCAGCUACCUGCAGAAAUAGAGGCUAGUAAAGAGCAAUUCGGCAAAUUUUUCCGGCAUGUCGUAGAUUGGACCAACAUGGCAUUUCUGUUCAUGGAAAUACACAUAAUUAAAGCAGUCACUUUGAUGAUGUUCCUAAUGUGCAUUCUAGAUCCCAGCGCCCUCUAUUUCCUCAUUUUUAUGCCGUUGGCGCUCAGCAUGAUCGUCCCGUUCCAAUCUAUCCGCUUAGCUGUGAUGUAUUGGGCUGCGAUACUGGUAUCGAUUUCUACUUUGUUCACAUUGAUAUAUAGUCUUCCAUAUUUCGAUAAUACGAGCUACCAAGUAACCUGCGAGGUAACAAAGUAUCCAUUUCUUAAUAAGACAACCAGAAGCUUCGGAAAAUGGGCAGGAUUGGAGAAACACCGAAAUAAAAAUCCAGACGAACAAAUAAUAACAAUCAUCGCCUGGGAGACAGCGUUCGUUUUGGUAUCUUGUCUACGGAACGUGGUGAUAGCAGUUCAAAAAAUUUCGCGUCUGCAACGAGGCUUAUCUCCUGACCCUCCCAGUGUGAUGUUCCCCGAGGUUACGUUUAGGGAAGCUGAUAUCAACCUGAAGAAUUACAUCAAGUACGUAAUGAAUUAUGGGUUCUAUCGGAUGGGGUAUGAAAUUAGUAUGACAAUGAUUGUGAUCGUGAUAGUACUUCGUAUGGACGGGUUCGCCAUCAUGUAUUCAGUAUGGCUUUGCCUGUUGUUGAUAUUGAGGCGUUCUGUGAUUCGAUGGAUAUGGAUUGUAUUUGUUACAUUUGUUGCUCUAUCUAUAAUAUGGCAGUACGUAAUGGCCAUUGGCUUACCACCUACACUAUGUAUGGAAUAUGAAUGGGAGACUCGCUCUUACUAUUGGACAGUGGCUCAGGAUUUCUGGUUCUUGGUGGACAACUAUCAUCCUCCACCAAUUAGAAAACUUAUCCCAGAAAGCAUCCUCUUAAUGUUCGCCUCCCAACAAUUGAUGUGCUUUUGGACAGAGAUCAGGACCUCACGGAAUAAAAUCGACUAUGAUGGUGGUUCGAACGAUUCGAUAAUUCACCAUUUCGAAAAGCCUGGAUUCGUGAUUCCAGUUGCUGAUUUCACCACAUAUACCACGUCUUAUUUAGAUUUGGCAAAGAGGAUUUUUAUCAAUAUGUCAUACUGGGGUUGUAUGUGGCUCGUGUUCCUCGGCAGCGUGAAUAGGGCAAACAUUUUCUCCAUCAUUUACCUGUGCUAUGUAUUCAUAUAUCUAUGGCAUGGUCUCAAUAUUUACUACAAACCGUUGCCACUCAUACUAAAAUACUGGAAUCAUUUGAUAGUCCAAAACAUACUGAUAAUCGUCAUGAAGACUGGCAUGCAAGUGAUCGGUUGUUUCUAUAUGACAAUCAUCCCCAUGGAAUAUUGCGGAUUCAUUAAGUUAUUUGGUAUUGGUUGCGUAAGAAAUUUCGAGCAUUCGGAAUACUUUGACAAUCUACAUAAAGGAAUAGAAAUCUGUAGAGUCAGCAAAUCUGAAAUGGCCGGUGUCGAAUGGGAUGCGGCGAUAUUCUUUUUCCUGAUGAUACAACGCCGGGUCUUUUGCAGUUACAAUUUCUUCCAUAUUGUAAAUGAUGCGAAAGCUCAACACGUACUUUCUGCUAGAGGUGCAAAUAUUCUGGACGAGCUGUACGCAACAAGAAUUAAAAAAAUGAAAGAUGAUGAAAGAAAGGUAAGACAAGCUGUGGAGACCAAGUUGACCAAGCUAGUGAAUAACCAGAAGAAGUUACAAGGGGCGUACUAUAAAAAUAACAUUGUCACCCAUAAAAUGGCCAUACGAUCUGCAGAUUAUUAUAUGUUUGACGACAACGAAACCGAUGUAGAAGAACAGCGGAGUUUCAAACAAAGGGAUGAAGAAGAUCUGACUAAGCGCAAGAGAGGCAGGCGUAAUCUUAUUUCACUAUUUGGCGACAUGGUUGAUAGCAAUAUGCGCACCGCUGUGAAGAAAUACUGGAAUACUGCUCCGAACAGAAAAGGGGUGACGCAGAGAGACGAAGGAGGACCGUAUGGAUUUGCCGAGAGGGUGAUAUAUUUUUUCAAAUUCAUCUGGGCUGCUAUGGAUGUUUUGAUUGUAAGUGCUACGGAGUUUUUAGGAAGAUAUACGAUGACGUAUGACAUGGUGCGCGAUGUCCUGAACAAAGAGAGACGUCAACUUAAAGAACAAACCGACUACGAUGUUGGCGUUAGAGUAGAAGGCUGGUGGCUACCAAGGGCGUCAUUUGAAGGACUCAUCAAAAACUCUAAGUUGCCAAGGCCAAGGAGACCUCCGAAAGAGAUGUCUUCAACAGAUUUGCCAGCCAUCAUGAAAUUAAUGAAGGCACUGUGGGUCAUCAUAGUAGCUCGAUCUGACUUGCUAUGUUACGUCUGCGUCAUCAUGAACCAGAUCAUGCAGUGCCAGCUGAUUACGAUACCCUUAAGUAUUAUGGUGUACCUGUGGGGAAUGUUGUCCAAUCCUAGGCCUUCUAAAACAUUCUGGAUCAUCAUGAUUGGCUACGUUGAGCUAGUGAUUCUCCUCAAAUGCAUAUUUCAAUUUGAAAUGAUGCCAGGUAACAAUCGACCCAACGCGAAGACGGAAUAUGGUCCAUUGGAGAUAGUCAACCCCUUUUUUCCGUCAAAAUUCAUGGGCCUUACGACCAUGAAUCUCUACUACAUAUGGGAAAUGUUCAUUCUCAUGGCCAUAGUUAUACACAGAUAUUACUUGACAAAUAUAGGCUUAUGGUCAACUGUAACAACCAGCAUCUUACCACAUAGUUUGGACGGACUGUACGCUAUGCAAGGAGGAGAACUCGUUAAAGUUGCCCAGAAUACACCAACUGGAUCAACAACGGAUGAGUACAUAGUACGGAGCAUUAAGACAUCUAUUUUGGAUCAGAUACUACUGUCUUUUAAAACAAUAUUUUUCCAUUACGCAAUAAGCUUCCGACAAUUUCAUCAAAGACUACUGAUGCACGUAUAUCAAGAAGCAAGUGACUACUACACCGUGAUGUUCUUUUUUGAUUUCUGUGCUUUCGCAACUAUCACCACAUUAUUUCCUGUAUUCUCCGAGUAUGAGCCCAAAGCCUCAGUGUGGACAUACGUUAGCACGAGUGUUAUACCAGUAAGAUAUGUGAUGGUGGUGUUCCUACACUUUAUAUGUAUUCUUAUCGAUCGAGCUAUCUAUCUUCAAAGAAGUUUGGUGCUGAAGCUUGUGUAUCACUUCCUUCAUGUCGCCUUUGUCCAUAUAUGGAUGUUCGUGUUGAUUCCUAACUUCAUCAACGGAAGGAUGGCAAUCGAGCAACCAGCAAUAGUAGCCUAUUACAUCUUCCGAUGCAUCUACCUGUUGAUAUCAGCCCAGCAAAUCCGUGUUGGAUACCCAAGUCGUAUUUGGGGCUUCUAUUGCUUCCACAAAUGUGGGAUCUGGAACUACGUCAAUAUCCAGGGAUAUUUGCUAAUACCGUUCCUGUUUGAACUGCGCAGCAGUUUCGAUUGGAUGUUCACUGACACUUCAAUGUCGAUUUUCGAUUGGUUCAGAAUGGAAGAUAUUUACACUAGUGUCUUCAAAGUCAAGUGCUUGCGCGGGAUAGAGGACGACUUAAUGGGUAUCCCCGCAGUAAAAAAGAAGUUGAUCUAUAAGUGUGUGUAUGGUAUCAGUCUAUUGAUAUUUUUGAUAAUCCUGAUUUGGUUUCCUGUUAUGGUGUACUCCUGGGGCAGAGUAGCAGGGCAGUCUAACAGACCGUCGGCUGCUACGCUGAAGUUCCAAUUUGGGGAUGCUGAACCGAUAUAUGAAAACAAAGCAGAUUUAUACGCGUUGUCACAUAUAGAAUUUGAGUACAUAAAGCAGGUGUAUAAUGCGUACGACAUAUCUAAAGAGUUCCUGUAUAACUAUAAACACACUGACGUUGAAGUACUGGCCUUCAGAACUGGUGGAAAAACGUGGAUGAUACGACUUGACGAGAAGAAAAGGCUACUCAAGAUUAUCAAUGGACCUCAUCCUCUGCCAGUUCGCAUGUCGUGCAAAGUUAUAUUGCCAGCUAGAGAGGAACAGAAGGUAAUAGAUAUAUCGGCAAAGAAGAUGAUGUUUCCGUAUUCGACCAGUCGAUCUGACGCUGCCAAACUAAUUGAAGGUGAAGAGGUAGAACAUCCUCUAAAAGUCAGGUAUCUGUUGCCGAAGUUCCUCAAGAUCGAGCAGCGGGGUAAGGGGAACGUGGUGAACGUCCUUAUGCUCCCUGAGUCAGACGAUGAUGAUCAUGCAACUGGAUCACGGAAUGUCAGCUUCCGUUCUGUGUUGGCGGCCGAACAAAACGGCCGAGUAUGGUGGGACAUCAGUGAAGAAACCAAUGACGCAAAUUACGAGGCAUUCCUUCAAAAAAUGCCUUAUGGUUCUGCGCAAAGCAGUCACCUGGUCAUCUUUACUUUCUCGGAUAAAAUUGUGCAUUCGUUUUUCAGCCUGGCCACGGGCGGCUCGAUCAUAACAUUCUACACUGUGUUCCUUUAUGUCGUUCAUGGUUGGUCUCGUGAAAUAAUUUCGAAAAGACUGAACAUGACGUGGCUGUACGAGCUAUCACAAGCAGAUGUCGUGUAUGCGCUGUGCAAGGAGGUGUACAUAUGCAGAGAAGCAGGCAUGUGGGAUUUGGAAGAAGUAGCGGCGGCUAGAGUGUUCUUUAUGAUGAAAUCCGGAGAGACUUGUUUCAAACUAAGCCGUUUCCAUGGAAUUCCCUAUAAUCCUAGUACUUACAAGACAUUGCCAACUGUGCCAAGGAGAACCUAAACAAUUUUGAACAAGUUUGAAGCAAUUCAGGAAAAUCUAAUUCUAUUGUUGUGUUAACUUUAUACUGUUUGGUUAUCUAAAUAUCUUAUAUUAAGUA